AUGGAUGCUGCUCCAGAUGCCUCAGUUGCUGUUCCUGAACCAUGCCCUAUUCUGAUGGCUUGGUCGAAAAGCCAUGUGGUGAUGAGUCAGCUUGUGAAAGCUAAGCGACUGUUGCUCCUGCAGCAUAACAAACUCAACCGUGCUGUGCUGGUUGACAACAUGGAAGUCCUAGCCUGCGGCCCUCCGUUGACUUGUUGCAAGAAUAUGUCACAAGAUUUUAUCUGGGUUAUCGGCAUGGUUGCUCAGGAGGAUGAUUACAAUCUUUGCGAGAACCGCAAAACGGCCACAUUCCCCGCGAGAUCCGAAUCUACGGCAACUGUUUCACAGAUCUGGAAUACCAGUGCUGCCGGCAGCAGUGGAGGUGAAUCCAGCGACGAUUCUGCCUCCGACGACGAGGGCAUGGGAGAGGGCUGUGGGGAAUCUGAGAGUGAAGAGGUUGAUGAAGAGGUGGAGUGCAUGCCACCACCCGAGGGCCCGGAGACACCUGACCUUUCAGCUGCACUCGAUGAUGACCCCAAGCCUGAGGUCACAGUAGAGCCACCAAGGAACACGAGGAGCAAGCCGAAGGCACCAAACAGUUCCGCACACAAGCCUGAGGUCACAGGGGCACGGGAGAAUCCCAGCAGCAGCAGCAAGCCUGAGGUCACAGGAGCACCGGAGACUUCCAGCAAGCCGGAGGUCACAGAAGCACCGAAGAAUCCCACACGCAAGCCUGAUCUCGAGGUCACAGGGGCGCCAGGGACUUCCAGCAAGCCGGAGGUCACAGCAGAACCGAAGAAUCCAGCACGCAAGCCCGAGAUCACAGGGGCACCGGAGAAUCCCACACGCAAGCCUGAUCACAAGGUCACAGGAGGGGCACCGGAGAAUCCACGCAAGCCUGGUCACAAGGUCACAGCAGGGGCACCGGAGAAUCCACGCAAGCCUGGUCACAAGGUCACAGGUUUGUACCGAGACUUCUUCUGGGAUGGCCGCACCAAAGAGCAAGUGUCCAGAGCUGAAGCUACCGAGUCAAGCCACAUCUUCUACGCCUUCGGAAUCCUCUACGAUUGUGACGCCGAUAUGCAUUACAAAUGCCUCAACUGUGGUGAUACUGGCGGACUCGAUGACUUAAGGAUUCCCGAGUUACGAGAUGAAGAUGAUGCUGCAAGUCAGGCCGCUAGUCUGAGGCUUGCCCAGGCACUAGAUGAUGAGCUAUCGAAAGGAGAUGAUGCCGCGAGUCAGGCUGCUAGUCUGAGGCUUGCCCAGGCCUUGCAGGCCGAAGAUGAUAAGGAAUUCCUCGAGCACGACCUGGAGGCAGAGCUACUUGCAGAGCAGCUCAGCUUGGAGGAGCUGAUUCUCCAGGCUGAGGAGGGAGAGCUGCAAAGGCUUCUAGCUCAAGAGGAGGCAGAUCUAUUGCAGGCUAAGGUGCAGUCCUUGGGAUCUAUGACAGCGAGUAUUGGAGAGCUUAUGCCGCCACCUAGUAUUCGCAAGGCCAGAGAGUCUGUGCCUGCAGAGCUUAGCAGCAGCAGCCACGACACACUUCACAAAUUGCCGCCAAUCAACCCAAAGAGGACUCUAGAGCCUGAGCUUGAAGCUUGCAAGGAACCUGAAGCAGAGGCCAAGAAGCCACGCAUUGUGCAUGAGACUGAGCACAAGCAGCCCAAGCGGGCUGCCGAUGUUCAGGUGACUAUGUGCUUGGACAAUGUGGACACCCUGCCGAAUGACUUCGACGGCCUUGAUGAUGCUGUAGGCUGCAUGCAAGCCGCCAAGGUCCAGGACCUUGGCGAAGGAUCGGGAGUGGGGCUUCUUGUGGAUGUUCCCUCGGAGGCUCCAGUGAUUGAACAGAAAGAGUGUGAGCCGCCGGUAUCGGUUUCUGUCGAUGGAGCACUUGCCGAUGACAAGUCCGAUCAUGAUGAUGAUGGUGUCAGUCUCAGCAUUGGCACCGUGCACUACAGCGAUGGUGAAAAAUCUGCUGCCGAGGAGGCAGUGGAAGCCAAGCUACCGGAGUGCCCCGACACGACGGUCUUCAAGCCCAUGUCUCCAAGUGAGCAAAUGAUCGCUACUGGUGCAGUGCCAAAGAAAACGAAGAAGACCAAGCAGAGCAAAGCAUGCGAGGAAACCCCCGAAGAGCCUCUUGCUACAACGCUUGCUGCUGAGGAGCCAACAUCCUGCAGAGGCCGUGGUGGAAGCCGAGGUCGAGGCCGAGGUCGUGGUAAGUCUUUGGCCUCGAGCAGGGGUCGUGGGGGGAAGGGCAAAGGGCGGGGAGGGCGCAAAGCAAAGGAGGAGGUCCCACCCAGCCCCCCAGCCACCGAGGCUGAUGAAAGCCAACCCGAGGCCUCAGCCGAUGAACACCCAGAGGCAACAGAGGAAGAGGAGGAGGAUAAGAUCGAGGAGACUGCCAAACCCAAGGUGAAACGAGGCCCUGCCGCAAAGCCUAAAUCGAAGGCAACCGCGAAAAGCAAGAAUGCCAGGAAGAAGGAUGCUGCAAGCCCCAAAGCAAAAGCAAAAGCCAAGAGUUCUGCAAAGCCGAAACCAAAGGCCAAGGAGGAUCCAAAGCCAAAGGCUGGGGCGACCAAGCGCCCACGGGGUUCUGCCUCUAGGGACAAGGCAGAGGAUCAGCAUGAUGAGAGCAAAGCGAGAAAAUCCAGGAAAUCUGUGGCCUACCACAAAGCAAUGAGCCAGGCUAAGAGUGAAGGCAAACCGCUUGAAGCCUGCAAGGCAGCAGCAAAAGCUGUUUCUUGA